UCGUCUUGCCGCUUAAGGCUCUGGCUGUAGAUCAGUUAGACCAUGGAGGAAUUUAUUCCUCCAUGGUUAGACCUAGUAAGCAAACUCGGUCUGGAGGCUGCUGAUAUUACUUCGGAUAUACCAGAUCAUGUUUUGGAACAAUCGCCCAAGUACUCGAUCCUGUUUGCAAGUCCAGAGAGUCUUUGCUCAAGCAAAGGGAAGGAACUACUGUUGCUGGUCAAAAACAGAUGCUGUGGAUUGUUUGUUGACGAAAGUCAUUGCGUAUCGAAAUGGGGUAAUUCAUCAACCAAGAGUUCAGCAUUCCGGAAGUGCUAUGGCCAGCUGGGACAGCUACGCUCCAUCCUGAACCAGUCAAUUGUUUAAUAUCACGUUUUCACCUGAGGUUGUUUUUAAAACCAAAAAUAACUGUACAUAAUUAUUUUAAUGGCACUUGAAUUUUGACCAUAUUCAAUUAAAUGAU